AUGGAAUACUCGCCAAAGGAGGAUGACGCGACCGACAGCGACGUGAGCAUUCUCAGUCCUGAUGACAUUCGCGAUUAUAAUCCGGAUCAGAUCCUACCGCAAUCCGCAAAGACAGUCAAGAAAAUACGCGCCUGGCUCAAGCCCACUCCCUACGAUGUCGUUGGCGGCGAAUUCCGCAAGCACCUGCUUUCCCAUGCGCCCGGCACAGGAGACUGGCUCACGUCGAGCGCCACGUAUCAGGACUGGCUGCACCGCCAAGAUCACGGGCUCCUCUGGAUAAGGGGAAUCCCAGGCUCCGGCAAGUCCGUCAUGGCUGCUUGGCUGGCCGAUGAGCUUGCCAAGCUACACCCGGGCUGCCCUGUGCUCUACUUCUUCUUCCGCCAAAUCAUCGACGCAAAUCAUGAGCCUCAAGCCCUGCUGCGAGACUGGAUGGAUCAGAUUCUCAAAUACAGCCCUCCUCUGCAGAACCAGCUUCUGAAAUAUGUCAAUGGUAGGCGGACGACGAAGAGCAUCUCCAUGGAGGACAUGUGGGGAGACUUGAGAGCAGCACUGUCCAGCUUGCCAGGGAAGGUGUUUUGUAUUGCUGACGCCCUCGAUGAAAUGGACCAGGGCCAUGACACGUUCCUCCAAGCCCUUGGGUCACUUGGCCAGUUUAUGCCAGCCAAGGUGAAGGUGUUGAUCACCAGCCGGCCCGUCCCAAGCGUCGAGGGUCCGCUCCGAAAAGUCUCAGGUCUACAUGUUCGACUGCAAGACAAUAUGGUCGAUAUUGACAUCUCGAAUUAUGUUGAUUUUAUGCUGGCCAAGUCAAAAAUACCUGAAAGUGACUGGAAGGUAAUCCGGGAAGCUGUUCCUGGCCGGGCAAACGGCUUAUUUCUCUAUGCCAAGCUCGCCAUGGACGCGUUUCUUGAGCCAGGAGCUGAUAUCAAGUCGGUAAUUGGACAGCUGCCAGUUGACCUGGAUGCCUUAUAUACAGAUCUCCUUGAUGCACAUGCGAAGAGAUCUGGUGUCGACCCUAGAGUCCAGAUUCUGAUCCUCCAGGUAGUCACACAUGCCACUCGACCUCUCCGACUGCUCGAGCUGACAGACUUGGUAAUGGUGGCGAACCCUGACGAGAAUGCUAGGAAUGUCAAGGAUACUAAAAGUCUUAUUCGAGCUGCGUGUGGCCCACUUCUUGAGAUCCUUGCUGAUGAGACAGUAUCAGUAAUCCAUCAUUCGUUUACCGAGUAUCUGAAAGGUACAACUCGCACGCAAGAUUCCUCAGGUUAUCCAGUUCUGUCGAUCGGCUCAACUCAUUAUCAGCUUGCACUGGCGUGCCUACACUAUCUCCAGAGUGGAUGUUUAGAUUCCCAGAAUGCUGAAGAUGGUUAUUCUUCUGAUAAAAGCACCCAAAGAAUGCAAUCAAGACUAAAGCACCCGUUCCUUGAGUACGCCGCCCGGAAUUGGUAUCACCACGCUAGGCAGUCGGACAAUGCGGGCCACAGCCAAACUGAGAUCAAUGUCCAGAUCCGCAACUUCUUGUCACUGGAAGGCAAAAUUAGAAACUGGCUUCCCAUGGAAGCGUACGAGCUACCCAAAGACUUGGGGAAUUAUUUACAUCUGCACGUUCCUGCAAUGACAGGAUUGAUUUCUUACUUCCGAGAAGCUCUGGCCAGCGACGUACCUGCGAGUCAAGACCACAGGAAAUCGGCUCUUCAGAGAGCAGCCGGCUCAGGUCAUGCGAGCAUAGUGCAGGAACUCAUCGCGGCUGGGAUAGAGCCAGAUCAAGACGAUGUUGCUGGGCUGAAGCCCUUGCAUUACGCAGUGGAAAAGAACCACCAUGAGGUAGUCAAAGUGCUCCUGGAAGCCGGCGCCAACCCAUUGACUCCAUAUACCAACAGUGAAAGCUGGUCGGGCUGCACGCCGCCGGCCUGCACGCUUGGUGACCGCCCCCUGAUGCUGAUGUACGCCUGCCAGCACGGGCACCUGGAGACGGUCAAAGUCUUUCUCGACUUCCUGGAAGAUGCCGAGAUCAAGCACCGUGCCCUCUGCUGGGCCAGCGGCGCAGGGAGAUCGCAGAUUGUGACCACAAUCUUACAGCACUCGGGGAUUGAUAUCAACGCCAAGGCUAAGUUUGAGGGUGCUACACCGCUCUACCGGGCAUGUAGUAACCCAAAUGCAUCAACAAUCAAAAGCCUUCUCCUCGCAGGUGCAGAUCCAAAUAUACAUUGUCAGCCGGUGGACAAUUCGGGAUUCUCCAUCCACCUCAAUGCUUUUGACCGUAUCGCGAGGCCGGAGGAUCACGGUCUAGAUUCCACCCAGGCAUACGUAUCUGCAGCUGCGCGCCAGAAGGAACCCAAUGGAGAAGAGCUGUCAACUGUAUUAUCCCUUUUGAAGCAGGCUGGUGCAGAAUUUCACAAGCGUGACUGGAAAGGACAGACACUGCUUCAUCUCGCGGUGCAAUCACCAGUCCUGACCGCAGCACUUCUCGACGCUGGCGUGGAUGCCAACAUCAAGGAUGAGAACGGUGAAACACCUCUACACAAAGAUGAUAUCGAAGUCGAUUGUAUAGCGCUUCUUGUCGACAAGGGACACGCCGAUAUCAAUGCUAUUAGGGAUGAUGGGAAGUCCGUUCUUAUGUCGUACCUCUCGUCCUACAAGUGCCGUGCUCAUCAGCUACUUGACAAGUUGUUUGGAUAUGGCCCAGACUGCAGUGUGGUUGACAAGGAGGGAAAUGGCCCGCUUCACGUCUUGCUAAACAAGUCAUCUCCAUCCUUGGACAUCAUCGAAGAAUUACUAAGGAGAGGCGCCGAUGUCAACUUGAGGAAUCACAAAGGACAAACUCCACUCAUGUGUGCACGGCAACCCCUCCUAGAGAAUGUGAUCAGCCGCUUCUUGAAGGCGGGGGCAGAUAUCAACGCGAUCGACCGCAAUGGGGCUACUCUUUUGUUUCGCAGAAUUUGGUGCGUAAAGGGGUACAUUGAGAUGCUCGUAAGUCAGGGCGCUUCAUUCAGAACGCAAGACUCCAAAGGCCGUUCCUUGUUUCACGAGUAUGUGAAAUGCCAUACAUGGCGUAGGAGGACGAAUUCCUUCCCCUAUCUUUUAAGCCAAGGACUGGAUAUACAUGCCGUCGACAACCAUGGAAACAAUCUUCUUCACGAGCUUGCUCUCUCCGAAGACGCCCAGUCCUCUUUUCACGCCCAAGAAGCGAUUCGUUUCUGGGAACAGCUUGUCAAGAUGGGAGUAGACUCGGACCUGAAGAACUACGCCGGCCGCACACCGCUCCAUCUUUUGUGUGCUGGCCACCUCAAACUGAGCUCUGUUCAACACAAAGAUAUCACGGUCUUCGACUUUGUUCUUUCCCGGGUGAAGAAUGUCGACGUGGCCGACAAUGACGGAGUUACGCCUUUGCACAUAGCUGCGACUGGUUCGGAGCGAUAUAGCACGGGGCUGAUCGCAGCGGGCGCUGAUCCCUCAAGGCCCACGAAUGAAGGGCUCACUCCUCUUCAUAUUGCAGCCCGCUGCAGAGCAACUAACAUUGUUGGCCGUCUCCUGGAUGCCCUGAGAGCGAAGGAUGGGGCUGAACACUCUGCAUACUCCAGCGGCCCCGACAAUGGCAGCGAGCAGCCAAAGCCGGUGAUGGGUGUAAACGAGAAGACUUUCGGGAUCGGUGCAAGAUUCACCCCCUUGUUCUAUGCGUGUCGAUCAGGGACCCCAGAAACAGUACGAUUGCUGCUAGACGCCGGAGCAACUGUCGAUUUGAGGCAGAUGCUCGACGCUAGUCUCCAGUUCGAAGAUGAGUGUGCAUUAUGGCGGACGCCCUACCAGCCUUCAACAUGUGAUGAUAUCCCCGUUAAAUUAGAGUCCCGACUUCGACGCAAGACAAGAGAAACAGGUGGGACGUUCUAUUGGCACUUAAUCGAGGAACAGGUGCCCAGGCUGGACGAGAUUUGGCUUAUGAUUGCGAGCUACCUGACCAAUGUUUAUGACAUUAUGAUAGACGCCGUCCAAUAUUGCGUUGUGAAAGCUGCUCUGGGAAACCAGGACUACACUGCCUCGAUAUUAUCGGAAGUACGGCGCAAAUGGCAGAGCGAAACGUCCAAAGAUAAAAUGAUGGGAAUGGUUGAGGGCAAUAACAGUUCUCAAAAACAGGGUCAGGCAAAGAUACCGAUAUAUUCUCCGACCCUGAGGCCAGGUCGAGCUGAGAAGGGCCAUAUGGAUUACCUGCUGUCGCGGAGGGAGUAUCAUCUAGUUGAAGAAAUGGUUCCUCUGGGUUGCCUUUUCCUACCAGUGCCUGGCACAACCGAUGAGAAUUGUCUCUCGGUCUUGGUGGCCAACGGGUAUUCGUCACUGUUUGAGAAAGUGGGCGAGUCGGUGGCAGCAUCCGUUCUAAAGUCAGGGCUAUGGCAUGCCUUCGGAGAUGAUACGAAGCCCGGGCUAUGGUUCGCGGCCAAGGAUGUUUCGAAAUCCAGGGUUCGAGGCAGCAAUCCUCAACCCCUGGUUAUUGCAGCCCUGCAGCGAUCACAACCCAACAUGACUAUUCUUCAACUGCUGGUCGAGAAAUUCGGCGUUGACAUCAAUGAGUUGCAUUACGAUCCGGAUUACGACGUGACUGACAGUGCGUUGCUUACGCUGGCUAGGGAAACCUCGUGGUGGCAUACCCAGCAAGCAUUGCCGUAUCUCAUCAAAGCAGGUGCGGAUUUGAAUAUCCGGAACUAUCAAGGGCAGACCCCCCUCCAUAUUGCGUUGAAAGAGUCGAAUCGAGAGGCUGCCAUCACGCUUAUUGAGGCGGGCGCAGACGUCAACGCCGCGGACAAUGAAAAUAAGAAUUGUCUUUCCUACGCACAAAAAGAUGCAGAGAUCUCGCAGCUACUUCGAAGUCACGGCGCAAACACAAGGAUCAGCGAGAUAUUUGCUGCCAUCGAUCAGUCCAACGUCGAAGCGCUGAAGAGCAUUCUGUCUAGAAACGAACCUGGAAUCAACGCGAAUGCCCGGCGGGAGCGAUCGUCCGACGACGACGCUGAUCGUGGAAAGCGGAAGAGGGCACGUAGAAGAUACUAUGAAGAUGAUAGUGAUGACGACGAAGAUACCGUCGAAGAUCAUGAGUUGUUCCCUUUAUUCUACGCCGGUGUGCUGGAAACCCGAAGUGAAGACGCCGACAAAAUAGCCAACGUUCUGCUAGACUUCAACGCAGACCCGUUCGCGAAGUUUCUGGCCAAAUUGAGUGAGUGGAGAUCAAAAGGGUAUAACCGUACCCAAGAUACUCCUUCAUUAGAAGUGCCAGAGGGCUACCGAGAGUGCACACUAGCGCAUGAGAUACUCCGUCGUCGCCGUGGGAGGGUUGAAACCUUCGUCCUGCGUCCUGCUUUGGACGUGAAUCAUCGAGAUUGCAAGGGCCGGACCUUGCUUCAUGUUUCCUGUAUGACUUGCGCGGGACCGGAUCGUAUUAUUAAGAGCGAACAGGGAGAUGAUGCAAGCCUGUUUGAGAGAUUGGUACGCCUUGGAGCAGAUUUGAAGGCUAGGGACAACCAAGGGCGAAAUGUCUUACACCACAUGUUGCGCCACUGCGACUCUGGUGGCUUCGAAAAAUCAUUCUCGCAUGUUCUUAAAACAUGCCCUGAGCUUAUAUACCACGUGGACGAUGAGGGAAGAACGCCUCUGCUUGAGGCCGCAAUACAUGCUGCGAACACGAGGGAGACUAAACCGUUCAACACUCUGCUUCAGGCUGGCGCCGGUUUCCUCAAUGUCGACAACCGUGGAGAAAGCUGUUUACAUAAGCUCGCAGAGAAUCUGGACACUAAGGGUCUUCGUGACCUUUUCAAGGGCCUUGUCAAGCGAGGUGUUGAUAUCAAUGGUGUCAACUCAAGCGGAGAGACACCCUUAUUCGUAUUCUCUCGACGUCCGAGAGACGUGUCCACCUCGCGGUAUUUCGAAAUCCAAUUUUACGGAGACAAAUAUUCAGAAAAAGAUGCUUUGCCAUUACUACUGGAACUUGGUGCAGACUUGACUGUUGCGAACAACAAGGGCCAGGGGUUGCUGCAUGCUGCCGCGAGUGGUGCGGUUGAUCGGUUCAAGGAGAUUAUGGAAGCUGGCGCGGAUGCAAUGAUGGAGGACGAAGCUCAGCAGACGGCACUUGACAUCGCUGCUGCUAGUGAUAAUCAAGAGGUUCUCGCAUUAUUCGAGAAGAAGAGUUAG